GAGCACAGCGCUACAUUUCCUAAUCGUGAGGUUGGGGUGCAGCCGGUAGGGCUGGAGUGAGCUGGUCAUGAUGCAGCGGCUACUCAAGUGCAGUGGGCUUGUCCUUGCUCUUGCCCUCAUCCUGGUUUUGGAAUCCCCGGUUCAAGGUUAUCCUAUGCGGAGAGCCAGGUACCAGUGGGUCCGCUGCAAUCCCAACAGUAAUUCUGCAAACUGCAUUGAUGAAAAGGGACCAAUGUUUGACCUUGCUCCAGGUGAAUCCAACAGGAUCCUCCCUCCAAGGAUGGACAGUUUUUCAUUCCAGAACGUGGAUGAUAUCUUCCCCAUUUCUGAAGACUCCUCUGGGUCAGGCUCCGGCUCCGGCUCAGGAUCUGGAAGUGGCUUCCUAACUGAAACGGAACCAGAGUACCAGCCAGUAGAUGAAACUGAUGCUUUCUAUUACAACCCUAAGUCUCUUGCCAGGAAUCUGCCCUCAGACAACCAGGACUUGGAUCAAGAUGGAUUCAAAGAGGAUUUUAUUAUAUAAAAGACAGGGUUUCCCCACCUUGACGCCAGGCAAUGUAUUCAGCAUAUUUCGGGUACCACGGUUAAAUGAUUUAUCUUGGGACAAAGAGUUUUAUAGAAAUUUUAAAACAUCUGAAAAAGAAGCUUAAAUUUUAUCAUCUUUUUUUUUCUCAUGAGUUCUUAAAGAAUUGUUCUUUAAUUCUGUUAUCUGUCCUAUUGUUCUGGAAAAUACCUGCAUUUUGGGGUAUCAUAUUCAACCAAUAUCACUGUGAAAUUAAUCAGAUUCCCAUGUCUACAAAAUUGCUUUAAAUAAUAAAUUAUACUGUUUUUUAAAAUUUCAGUUUGAGAAGCAAAUUGACAGGCAAUAUUUCAUAUCUAAGUCUUCAGAAACCUUAUUCUGUGAAUUACAGAUAUGCUCCUUUUCUUAUGAAAACAAAACAAAAAACAAGAUGAAACAGUGAAUUCAUAGAAUGGGUGUUUGACAUGUGCUACAAAGUGAAGUGCACUAUACUAUUGCCAUUGGAUGUGUUUGCAGAGCUAGUGGACAUUGUUUAUCUAGAAGUAUGAUAGCUAUUACAAUUAGAUUACUGAAGUUAGCACGGUUGUGCUCUCAAUACCUCAUAUUGCUUUACCUUUUUUUCCUGGAUAUCUGUGUACUUUCAAAUGUUACUCUAUUAAAGCAGAAAUAUAACUAAA